AUGACCACCCACAGGUACAGGUGGUACAGGUACAUGUUUUGGUGCUUUUAUUCCACAAAAUUCUUCUGACUUUUUGUCAUCUGCACCACUUCCAGCUGUUCUUUCUCCGCUAUUACUUCGUAUACCAAUAUUUGAAGAUACAGAAAAAUUAGCUUGAGAUUUGAUCUGUCCAUUUCUAUUAGCAGCAUUACGUCUUCCACCAGGCAUAAUGUAUAACUUUACAUUUCAAUUUAGUUACUCAAAUCACUUCAAUGUAUUAUUAUCUUUAUACAUUUUGAAUUUAUUUUAAUUCAUGAUUUUUCAAUUAAAUAAAUUUUAUGGCAAUAUAUUUUGAUUUAAUAUCAUCACAAAACUUUUAUUUUUAUUCAUACUUUGUUCAAAAUUAUAAUACUGGAAAAAAAUAAAUUGUUGGAUAUAUAUAACUUUCUAUGUUGUAUAUAUAUUUUUAAAUAUAUCCAAAAUUAUUUGGUACAAAAUGUUUACGUUUUUGUUUUGUAUACAACGUAUAUAGUUGUUCACCGUAUCUUGAAAUGUAUGAAAUACAAAAUAGGAUUCCUAAAGUGAAACAUGACAUGGUAAUACACAGCGCACUCUAUAUGCAAAUAAAUCAGUCAUAAAUUUUACUAAAAAAUAUACAAUUACAAAUAUUUUUCAUCUUUUAGCAUUUAUAUAAAUUAUUGAAAGUCUAAAGUUUAAUAAAAAAAUUCUCAAAUUUUUUGAACAAUUUAAAUUUUUUAAACUUCUAGUUUCGUGUCUGUUAGACCAUAUAUGUUUAAUUAGCUUAGUCUACUUGUAUGUGUAUUAAAUUAUAUAUGUAUAUGAUUAUAUAAUUACAAUAUAUUUUAUAAAUAAGAUUAAACCAGGAAUGUUUUAUUCUUUUUUUUCAUUUAUAUACAAUAUAUUUGAUUUUUACUUUUAUGUAUUAUACCUUACUUGUAUUAUGUUAUUGAUUUCAUAUGCAAAUUACAGAUUUUGUAGAUAUUUUCAUAUAUAAUAUAUAAUUUAUUAUAAGUAAUAGUUUAUAAUCAAUAACAUAAGAAUUGUAAAGGAUAAUAAAUAAUAUUUUAGAUUGAAAAAAAAAAUUAUUUUUAUCACAAUGAAUAUGUACAUAAUGAAUCAAAAAAAGUAUUGUCAAUAGUCUUUAUGUAUAUAUAAAUAUGAUCCCAACUUAAAUUAAAUCUUUUUAAAGUUUAAAAAUGUUUAGAAGACUUAGUUUCUAUUGAAUUCGAAAAUUAAAUAGUGUAUCUUUUCACAAGACAACAUAAUUUUCUUAGAUGGCACUGUGUCAUGGUAUAAAUUUAUAUUAUUUAUGAAACAAAUUCAACUCUCUAAUAUAACUUAAUAAAACAACACCCUAAAUGUAUUAGAUGAUAUUUUAAAAAAUAUUCAUAAAUAAUUAUUUCAUUACACGUAUAUAUGUAUAAAAUAUAGCUGUGAUGAAGUGAUAGUGUCAUGUUGUUUCUUUUAAAAUCGAUUUUUUGAUCAAAUUAUGAAAAAUUGCAAGUUAUAGCACAGUGGAUAUUAAUCCUAAAAUAUUUUUUCUAAAAUGUAUGUGUAUUUUACACGAAUUUUAAAUGUUUAGUUGUUUAUCUUUUAAAUAAUUAUUCCAUGAUGUUUAUUAGAUUCCUUCUUUUGGAAAAUAUAGCAAUAUUUAAUUCUAAUAAAUAAUAUAAAAAUGUCAAUUACAAUUUUUUUCUAGUAUACAUGUGUAGAUGUUUAAUUCUUUUCUAAUAUACAUCUGUAGAUGUUUAAUCCUGUACAAAUAAAACAUGAAUGUGAGGGAAUAGAAGAUGUCAAUUCAGAUGAUAAAGUUAAUAUUUCAAACAAUUCCAAAUAUCAAACAUUUAUUGAGGAAGAUGUUGAUUGUAAAUAUGAAAUAUCACAAUUUUGGAAUCAUGCACAGUUAUCCAAUGAUAUACAUCCAAAAAAUGAAAUUCAUGGUCAAUAUAAUUUAUUUCAAUCUGAAGGAAAUACCUCUUUAGCAUAUAUGAAAAAUUGUGUACCAAAUAAUACACUUUUUCAAGUUAAUCAAGGAGGAAAUUUGAAUCAAAUGAAUCAACAAUGUCAGAUAGAUAUGACCCAAAAAGCUGGACAGUCACAAUUUUCACAAAAUAUGCAGGCAGCAAAGUUUACAAAUCAAAUAGGAAUAAUUUCUGAGCCUGUAUCUCCUAUAAAAUCUAAUCGUCCUGGAAGACCACCUAAAAGCUCUUCAGAUUCAAAUAUAGGAAAAAAGCUUAAAUGUCAAUGUGAAAUAUGCUUUAAAGAGUUUGGACAUAAAAGUAAUUUAUUUAUACAUAUGAGAACUCAUAGUGGAGAACGACCUUAUAAAUGUAAUCAAUGUGAAAAGUGUUUUACCCACAGUGGAAACUUAGCCAUCCACAUGAGGACACAUUCUGGUGAAAGACCUUAUGGUUGUCAAAUUUGUGGAAAAAUGUUUAGUCACAGUGGAAACUUAUCGACUCAUUUAAGAACACAUUCAGGUAUAAAACCAUAUAAAUGUGCUAUAUGUAGUAAAGAAUUUAGACAUAGUGGCAAUUUAUCAAUACAUGAGAGGAUACAUUCUGGAAUUAAACCAUUUCAAUGUAAGGUUUGUGGAAAGGAUUUUUAUCAUAGUGGCAAUUUAACAACUCAUAUGAAAAAACAUAUUGUAAAUAUUAACACUAGCAUUAAACAAUGUGAAAACAAUGUAAAGCAAACAGUAUGUGCUGCAAAUCUCAGUAAUACUACAUCUAUAAAUUCAUUCAAUAAUUUACCACUGACCCACAGUACUGAUAUUAAACCGAUGCCUAUUGAAAAUAACAUUGUUCCUAUAAAGAAUGAAAGUAAUGAUGACGAAUUAAUAAAUGCAGUUGGUGUUUUAACACCAACAUCAACUUAAGUACUAAUAAAUACUUUAAUGACACUACUUUUAUAGAUUUAUUUUAUAAUUAUAAUUGCUGUAAAAAUGUAUUAUCAGAGUUUAAAUUUCUUAAUGAUUAAUGAUUAUGGAUAUAUAAAUAUAUAUUUUUGAAAUUACAUAUAAGUUUUAUAUUGUAAAAAGUAAAAGCUGUUUGAUAUUUGACACAUCAAAUACAAUUGAAAAUAUGUGCAAUUUUACGUAUUAAGCAUUUGUGAAUGUAUUACUAUA